AUGGCAGAACAUUUUGAAUCAACAGCACAUUCACAACAAGAUUAUGAACUUGUUUUAUUUACUAUACGUGAAAACUAUGAACAAGAGAUAAUAUCUCUUAAUGAAAAAUUACAAAAUAUUCAACAAAAUUUACAAGAAAAGAAUGUUGAAAUCAAUGAACUUCGUAUUCAAUUAGAAGUUAUAUAUAAAAAUAACGAAAAAGCUCUAUCUGAACGAAUAGAAAUAAUUAAUCAUUUAAAUGAACAAUUACAUGAUUGUCAACAAAAAAUAUUUUGA